CCUAUUUGUAAUUGGCCAUAGAAACACCAAUAACCACUUCGGUCAGCAUCACAGGGUGCUGGGUUAAUGGAAAUGUAUUAUUAAACCCCCGCCCCCCCCCUUCAGGCAAAAGGCUACCCUCUGCCCCGUGGCCUCUCCGUACAGGUGAGAGAUCUGGCUUCGGGCAGGAAAACUGAAAACGUCCGCUCUACCCCUGAGGAACAAGGCAAGCCACCUCCUGCCACGGACCUGGCCCACAGCUAAGAUGGCGGCGGCUGCGCCGCGUCACGUGGCCGCGGGCGGGGCGGCCCCGCGCUCUCUCUGUGGCGGCGCGUGCGGGCGGAUGGAGCCGGCAGCCCUGGAGCGGUUCGCUAGCCCGGGGAAAGGCAGCGGCCUCCGCUCCCGCCGGCGGGUGCGGCCCGGCGAGCUGCUCUACCGCGCCGAGCCCUUCGCCUACGUCGUCACCAAGGAGCAGCUGGGCGGCGUGUGCGAGCGCUGCCUGCGCAGGAAUGAACAUCUGCACAGAUGCUCUCAGUGCAAGGUUGCUAAAUACUGUGGUAAAUCUUGUCAGAAAGAAGCUUGGCUGGACCACAAGCAGGAAUGCAGGUGUCUUAAGAGCGUGGAGCCUAAUUUUCCUCCAGACUCUGUCAGACUUGCUGGCAGGAUUGUUUUUAAACUACUUAGACAAUCAGUAUGCCUUUCUGAGAGACUCUACUCUUUUUCCGAUCUUCAGUCAAAUACUGAACAGUUAAGUGAAGAAAUGAAAGACGGCCUCAGGCACCUUGCACAGACAUUGCAACUGUAUUUGAAAAUGGAGAUCCAGGAUGCGUCUCACUUGCCACCUGUAAUUGACUUUUUUCAGAUCUUCACAAAAGUGACCUGUAACUGUUUCACCAUCAGUAAUGGAGAGAUGCAGGAUGUUGGUGUUGGCCUGUAUCCCAGCAUGUCUUUACUGAACCACAGCUGUGACCCAAACUGCGUGAUCGUUUUUGAAGGAUACCAGCUUUUACUUCGCUCUGUCCGAGAGAUCCAGAUUGGUGAAGAGCUCACCAUCAGCUAUAUUGAAUCACUGAUGACCACUAGUGAACGCCAAAAGCAACUGAUGCGCCAGUAUUGCUUUGAAUGUGACUGUCUUCUCUGCCAGAAUCAAGAAAAGGAUGCUGAGAAAUUGGCCGGUGAAGAGCAUGCCUGGGAAGAAGUCAAAGAUGCUGUAAAUGAAGUGAGAUAUCCAAAAUCAAAAGAAGAGUGGGAACAGGUUCUGGCAAGGUGCCAGAAUCUCUUGAGCAGCAAUAUGGGUCGUCUUCCAGACACAAAUAUCUAUCAGCUGAAAAUGCUUGACUGUGCCAUGGAUGCCUGUAUUAACCUUGAAUCCUGGGAAGAAGCUUUGUACUAUGGCAGCAGGACUCUGGGACCAUACGGACUCUAUUAUCCUGGUUUCCAUCCACUGAGGGCUGUCCAGCUGAUGCGAGUGGGCAAACUACAGUACAGUCAAGACAUGUUUCCUCAAGCGCUGGAGACCUUGAAACAGGCCUAUAAUAUUAUGAAGGUGACCCACGGGACAGAUCACAGCCUGAUGCAAGCCUUGGUGGAGUUAAAGCAACAGUGUGAGGCCAUCAUGAGAAUACAGUGAAGAUAACUUCUAGUCUGGAAAUCAAAAUAUUCAAGGAAAAAGGAAAUCAAAUGCUUUUUAUUGCAUUGGGAAGCUUCUUGAUGAUUUUGGUGUCUUUUCAUUAGGACCUACUUGCUUUACAAAAAUGUUUAGUAUUUAUUAGUUUUGCUGUAUAAUUUGAAUUGACUUGAUGUUUGAGAGAAUAUCUGCAAUUUUCAGAGGUUUUUUUUUUCCUACCAAACAAUCUAAUUGACAAUACCUAAUUAUCAAUUUACAACACCUAAUUUAAUUGAUAAUAAGUAUUAGGAAAUGCAUACAGAGUCUUCAUCUGUUACAAAGUGAUAUAAUUCCAUUGAUAUCAGCAGUCAAUUUUUUAUACCAGUUUUUGCCAGCAAUUAAGGAUCUCAUGUCAGACACAUUAUAAGCAGAGAGAAUAUAUUUUUUCCUUUUGCCUUGCCCUUAGGUGUGGUUUCCAAAGGCCUGAUCCAGUGCUCUGACAUCAAAUAAGUUUCCCAAUGUUCUAAAUGAGAUUUUCCUCCUCCCCAGUAUAUCUGCAGGGCUCUGUCCCUCUUCUUCUUGCAUUUUAUAUGUUAUAAUAUUGAAUAUUAAAAUGGAUUGAAUAAAAAAUUUAAUCAAAAGUG